GACGAAGUGUGAAUUCCUGUCUGACUCGGGACACUUCACAAGUCAUUCAUAGCACACACUUCUCGCUCUGAAGUGCAUUAGUUAGCUGCAACACAAUGCUCAUGUUAAACUGCGGGACCUCCGGCACACGAGAUGGCGCUAUUGUCAAAGUGGUCUGUUUGUAAGACGCCAGGCUCGUUGGUGUUGAGAAGUGUAGAUAGUUUGCUUGCUUUUCACAAAUGAAGCAAAUGUUUGUUUUUUUUUUGCGGUUAAGAAAUGCAACUCACUCUGUCGACUAGGGAGUGACGAGUUGUUCUCGAAGCGACAAAGAAGCUCGCGGUUGCCUGGCAACAAGCGACGGCAGCGUCUGUCACUCGGCGAAGCUAGCGGCUAGCUGGAGGAGCAGCGAGACACGGCCGAGGAGAACAUGCCUUUCAAAAGGAGGGGGCCGCUGCAGUCGUUACAGAGGGACGUGGACGCCAUCAAACGACAGGUUUGCCAACGACUACUGUCCAAUAAAGUCUACUUCCUGGGAAAACGACUGUGUUUACGUCUCACAACAUCUCACGUCAAGUGCGGACGUCGGCUGUUUUGGAGCGAGGUUGACAAUCUGUUGAAAGAAGUUCGAGUUAAAACCACGGAGGAGACACUUCAGAGAUGUCAAGAACUUAUAAUGUCAGCAGAGAAAGCGCUGAAGACGCUGAACACACUGACGAAGGCAGAUGAGUCUGCACCAGUGGGCAGUUAUGAUCAGAGGAAACAAGAGCAGGAGAAGCGACUGCGGCACAUUUGUGAGAUACUAAACCACCUGUCUCUGGAACUGUCGCCGCCUGGACCAAGCAAAGCAACCGGAGAUUCCUCAAAGGACUCCAGUGAAGAUGCUGGUGGUGAUGAAGAGGAGGAGGAGGAGGAGGAGGAGGAGGAAGAGGAGAGUUCUGUCGUGUCACUGGUCUCCCAGCUUCCUGUCUACACAGUCCUGAGUGAGUUCAAGGGAGAGCAGGACGGAGAUCUGUCGGUUCAGAAGGGGGAGGUGUUGAGGAUAAUCAGGAAAACGGGCGACGGCUGGUGGCUGGCUCAGAACCCCAGCGGAGACAAGGGAGUUGUGCCCAGAACCUAUUUAAAGACGUGUUCUGGUGCCAGUGAGGAUGAUGAGGAGGAGGAGGAGGAGGAUGAUGAUGACGAGGAUGAUGUAGAGGAGGAGGCGUCUGAGGAGGAAGAGGACGAAGAAGAGGCUGAGGACAGGAAGAGUGAAGCUGCGUCGUCCAACUGGUCGACGGUCAGGAAAGCGCUGACGGAGAUCGAUGCCACCGAUGUCCUCUCUGCCAUGGGUGCCAUUCCGUCGGGAUUCAGACCGUCAACUCUGAACAAACUGCUGCAGGAGGAAGGCCUCAGAUACAGAGCGAGUCAUUACAUCCAGCCGCAGCUCAGCCAGUCACAGCUCUCCUUCAGCGACCUCUUCCUGGAGCCGGACUCCGGCCGGGUCCGUCCGCGCCAGGUCCGGACCUGCGUCUGCUUCACGCUGUGGGGCUGCAGGAUGAUCCCCACUCCAGGAGUCGGGGUGCAGGUCCUGAGCAGACACAUCCGUUUCUGUGCUUUCGAUGGAACUCAGGUGCUGAGCAACAUCCACACCGUCAGAGCCACCUACAGCCCCAAGAGUCCGAAGACGUGGACCUUCUCUCCUCGGGUGGCUGGAAUCCUCCCCACCCUCCUGGAUGGCGACUGCUUCCUGCGCUGCAGCUCCUCGUCUCCGGAUCUGGGCCUCCUGUUUGAGCUGGGGGUCUCGUUCAUCCGAAAUGUAAGGACACCCACACGUCUCUGUUUCCACGCACCCGAAGCAUCUAAGAGUAAGAAUGAGGGGACAUGCUGGGAUGACGUCAGUGUGGGGUGCAGAAGCGUGGUUUCUCAGCACGUUCCAAGUUCCUGCCGUGUGUGUCAGUCGACAGGUGAGCGAGGAGACCUGAGCUGUGGAUGGACCUUCCUCAAACUGACCGAUGAUGCUGGGAAUCCACUUCCAAACAGGACGUACGAGCUGCAGGUGAAUGGAGGAACUCCGUACGAGAAGGACGUGGGCGUGGACACGGCUCACGCCCGAGACUCUCCAGCCUCCGUCUUCCAUCAGAUGCUUCAGAGCCGCCGGCAGCCCAAGCUGAUCCUGAAGCUGAGAUCGGUGAAGAGCCAGACCCGAGCGCAGCUCAGCCUGCUGCCGGACACCCUGCUGCACUGCCUGAGCUGCGUCCCGCUGCUGGCGCUGCACCGGCAACUCCUGGCCGACGCGCUGCUCAUGGACCGCCCCACCAUGCAGAACGCUGAUCUGAUCUCCAGUCCCGUGCUGUCCACCUUCCCGCUGCUGCUGGAGCAGUCCGACCUGCUGGACGCGGUCAGGAGCGCCUGGCUGGAGGCUGAGACGCACAUGAGCAGAGCACAGAAGCGAGACCCGUCCUACCUGAAGCAGGAGUUCACCAAAGUCUACAUGUCGUCCGGCUACUUCCUCCUCCGCUCGUCCUCGCUGGUGCCGUACCGCUGGGCCGACCCGCCCAGCGAGGAGCAGCGGGCCCGGGUCAUCUUCGCCGCCCUGGACGCCCUCAAGCACUGGCAGGAGGCCACCAGCCAGUCGGGAGGCCCAGAGAUCUUCGCUGACCUCACGCAUCAGCAUGUGGCUUUUGACAUCAGCGAGUUGAGCUUCGACCUGCUGCGAGUGGCCCGGUAGCUCCGCCCCCUUUCCACCCCGCCAUCUUUCACCAGGAGAAUGAAGGAAUGCCAACAGAUGUGACUUUUUUUUUUUAUCUCCUGCCGAAGUUUAUAAGUCUCUUUGUGAUUCAUUAAUAAACUCAUCAGGCUCAAGUUUCCCACUCGAAUAUAAGAGUCAAACUGUUGACCUUCCAACCCAGUGAGAAGACGAGAGUCACUUGGUUCUAAAUGGGAAAACUGGGAUCUCAGGACAGAAGAUGAGCGUCGGGAGCGUCCGCCCUCUGCUGCUGCGUUCUCCACUGUGAGGCCGUGCAGAUGGGUGGUCCUUGGUCAUAAUCCAGAGCCAAUGUUCCCUUCUUCAAAUUUGUCAUGUGACGUGGAUUUGUGUUGCGAUCAUUUACAAACACUGGUUUCUCGAUGGGACUUUUUUGACCCAGCAGCACCACUGGCUUCCUGGAGCGUGGAAACGUCCUCCCCAGGUCCUGGUCCUGGUCCAGGUGUGAGGCCUCCACAGUGCUGGGCAGCUUCACUGGGUUCCUGGGCAGAGGGUUCCAGACCGUGACGGUGCUCCACGCACACAGUGUCUUCUUGGCAGCAUCUGAAGAUCAGAAGAAUUUGACAUCUCUCCAACACAUAAACAGAUGGACGGAAGGAAAGCAGCUCUUAACAAGGCCUUCUUUAGAUCCACAGAUGACCAUGCAAACAGGAAAAAUGCGUCGGACAGACUGACAGCCUGAAUGUUUUGAUUCAAGGGCCAGAAGACAGGUGCUCGGCUCUGCCUCUCAGGCUGUGCGGCCUGAGGUGAUGGGCUUGUGAGGGGUGGUGGGGGGUCUGGUCUGGAUCCUCUGCACCGGUGUCUGCCAACCCCAUGGCCUGGGUCAUGUUCGCCUCACAUGACGGUGACCAUAAUCCAGUUGUUUCUGUCCUGAUUGUGCUGCUUCCUGUGCACGGAGCAUAAAUGGCUGCUCAUCUCCGCCCUGAUGGGAUCAGUCAGAGGACGCUCAUGUCCCGGAGGCAGGUCAGGUGAAGGCCGCCUUCCUGGAGAUCCUGCUGAGCUUCUCCUGGGGAAUGGCGCUGGCCUCGUGUCACAAACAUCCUCAGGUCAGCUCAGGCCCUUCACUGUCCCGGGCCCAGUUCCAGACAGUCAAAUCAUCAUCCCAUCAAACCCCAUCUUCAUGGCAGCAGGAAACUGGAACUGGCUGCAAAAGAACCUGCUCCCUUCAGACUGAAGAGGAUCAGAUCUGACUUGAUGGAUUUCAGAAGACACCACUACACUGCAUUAAAAAUAAAUGAAUCAAUGAAAAACAUGUAUCCAAAUGUAAAUUAUUGACAUUGCUUUAGCUAAAAAAUGCAUGUGAUGUAAGAUACUAUUAAGCCAAAAAUAAAGAC